UCGAUCGCUUGGUUCAGUGUGUUCGGUUCAGUAACCAAGUUAAGAUCGUGGCUGUGCCAAGUGUGAAAAUAAAAUAGCAAAUACUCAUUGACCACCCAGUGAUGCAAUAGCCAAGAGUGCAAGCAAAAAAGAUGACUGAUUAUAAAAGUGGCAGCCAUGCCAACUACAACAACAACAACAACAACAUGAACAACAAUAACAGUCUAUCAAGAUUGAAAGUGCCACAGGAGCCGCUGGAACCGCCACCAGAAUACAGCGAGCUGGAGCAAACAACAAGAAAAGCAAACACAAGCCAACACAACCCGAACCCGAACCCAAACCCAAACCCCCAUCCAGAUCCAGACCCAGACCCAGACCCACACACAACGCGAGCCGUAAAGAAGAAGCGACGCGACAAGAGCGACCUGGGCGACAAUUUCGUGGCGCCCGAUGGCGGUUGGGGUUGGUUGGUGGCCGUUGCCAGCGGUGCUAACAUUUUGGUAACAUUCGCAUUGGCGCAACAGUUCGGCAUUAUCUUUCGCAAGCAUAUGGAAUCGCUGGGGAUUAGCAAUUCGCAGCUGACGACCAUUAUCAAUACACAGAUAGCGGUGUCUGCAUUUACGGGUCUGCUCAAUGGACCGAUGUUCCGACGCUACACGUAUCGAGCUGUGGCGCUGGUGGGCUCGGUGCUGACCUUUGUGGGUCUGUUCUGGAUGGUGUACGCCAACACGUUUGCCGUCUAUAUGAUGAGCUUCUCCAUUAUCUAUGGCUUUGGUCGCGGCCUGACCGUUUCGGCCUCAUCGCUGGCGGUCAACACAUACUUCAAGGUCAAGCGCCGCACGGCGACCGCUUUUCAGUUCGGCGUUGCCGGCAUUGGACCCAUAGUGUGCCCCUACUUUGCCACCUACAUGCUGGAGCAGUUUGGGGUGCAGGGCACGACGCUGCUCUUUGCCGGCGCCUCGCUUCAUACCAUCGCCUGCUCGCUGAUCUAUCAGCCGGUCAAGUGGCAUGUGAUAAAGCGCAGCGAGGAUGCGGAGGCGCCAACGCUGGCGCAGGUGGAGGAGCAGGAUGAGCAUAUUAUUAAGAAUGUUGUCGAGCCGGAGACGCCGGUGCUGCCGCGUGCCAAUGACGGCUGGUUCGGCUCACGGGCCUCGCUUAAUAGCGCCGGCGUGCGCAAUCGCGUCAACACCUGGGACAAGGAGCACCCGGGACACGUUGAGCUGAAGCGCUUGAGCAGUCACGGCUCCGCGGGCGGUGCGCAGCGUCAGCAGCGCAGCAUUUCGCUGUCGCACAGCAUCAAGGAGGAGCAGCAGCUGGAGGAGCCGCAUCAUGAGUCGCUGCAGCAGCUGGAGAAAUAUGAUUUGAUGUGGGAGCAGUCGCCGCUGCAGCCGCCGCAGCCGUCGCAGCCGCUGACAGAGAAGCAGCAACAGCAGCUGGAGGAUGAGCAGGAGCAGGCGCGUCGCAAGCGUUUGCCGUUCUACAAAAAGAUUGUCAUCUUCUUUGAUCUGGAUCUCCUGCGUGACAUUACCUAUGUCAAUCUGGCGGUGGGCAUAACGCUCAUCAACUUUGUCGAAAUCAAUUUCGCCAUAUUGACGCCUUUCAUUUUGGAUGACCUGGGCUUUGAUAAGAGCCAAAUCGCAUUCGCCAUGUCGCUGCUGGGAUUCUUUGAUUUGAUUAUUCGUUUCCUCAUUCCGCUGAUCACCGCCAAGCUCAGCUGGAGCAAUCGCACCUUCUUCGUUGUUGGCAUCCUGGGCAUGUGCUUCGGUCGCGUCCUGCUCUCGAUGACGCGCAACUUUUACGUCAUGGUGGCCAUCUUCCUGUGGCUGGGGUUGAACAAAGCCUUCCGCACCGUCUUCUGGUCGCUCAUCAUACCCAGCCAUGUGCCGCUGAAGCGUUUGCCCGCCGCCGCCGGAUUGCAGCUGCUCAUGUCCGGCACCUUCUCCAUGAUGUUUGGUCCCAUUAUUGGUCUGGUGCGCGACGCCACCAGCUACGCCUUCACCCUCAACUGCCUGAACGCGCUUUGCGCCAUGGCCAUUUUCUUCUGGUAUCUGGAGGAUUGCAUACGCUCGCGUCGUCGCAAGUCGCCGCCAGUUGUCAUGGCCAUGGACGAGAUCAAGUGAAGCAGCUUCCCCCAAUCUAACGCAUAGUCUAGUAAAGUAUUUUGUUUGUUUUUUUUUUCGUAUUUUUAAU